AUGCCUGAAAAAAGAGUUGAAACUGGUGACGUAAGUUUUCUUUAUACCGAAGUAAAUGAUAGGCAAGAGAUUAAAGACAUUGUUUUUUCCCCGGAUAUGACAUAUAUGGUUACUAGUGAUAAUAAAGUUUAUGAAAUGUGGACCAUUGAUGAUGAUGGGAAUGAUGAUGAUGGGAAUUAUGAUGAUGAGAAUGAUGAUGAUGAGAAUGAUGAUGAUAAGAAUGAUGAUAAGAAUGAUGAUUAUGAGAUAGAUGAAAUGAUCAUAAAGAUUUAUGAUAAUGUCUUUAUAGUUCCCGAUAAGAAUACUGAAAAGCUUUAUAAUAAUUCGAAGCUAUCUAUUUAUUCAAGAUUCAAAGAAAUAAAAGAAAUAAAAAAUUAUUAUAAGGAAAGUGUUAAAAUAAAUAAAAAUGAAAAAGAGAUUCGUGUCGUAGGAAAAAAACUGAGGUGGGUUUUCUCUGAGUUAAAUAAUUUAUUAUCAGUUUUUAAUAAAACUAAAUAUUUAAAAGGUGUAAAAGGAAAUUAUCCAUUAGCUGUAAAGAAAUUAGUUCAAUUAGAUCUCAAACCCUAUGAACUUAAGAUUUUGGAUGACCAUGACACAGAAGGAAGUGAGGUUUUAUCAAAGAAAGUAGAAACCAAAAUUGAAAAAUCAAAUUCUGAAGGUUGCGAAAUUUUAUUAAAGAAAUUUGAAGAUUUAGAAGCAAAAUUUAAACCUCUUUUAGAUCAUAUAGCACUUGAAAUUAAUAACGAAUAA